UAUAAAAAGGGAAUGUAAAUAGUCGCUAUGAUAAUUCAAAGUAUACUUACAUUAAAUGUAUUUUUUACAUCAUACAGUGCAUUUGCGAACGAAUUCGACAGUGACGAAGACAUGUACAUGUUCGUAUCACCCGACCAACACUUACGGACGCCACGGCUUGAAGAUUUCUUCUGGACGGGAUCCGGCGACGGACCUCCGCCGCCCGAUAUCGCAGUCCCAGCGCCGUCGCCUUCAACACCUAUCGUACGGACCACCACAGUCCUCGCUACUGUCUACUUGGAUUCUUAUCCACCCCAGGCGGUGACAGACAAGACGACAGGUGAUUGCAUAUUGAACUGUGGAGAGGUGAGCGUCCCUGAUAGCUUGGAGCCGGAAAUACCCGAAGAUCGGCGGUACUGGUUGCUAACCGUCAUACAAGGUUCCACUCCAGACAGCCUACAGUUAAGAUUAGCAAGAUUGUAUCAGAAAGCAUUCUUAAGGCAACAAGAAAAACAUCUCGGUAUUAUAAAAUCCCUUGACGCUCCUACACCGAGGAAGAAACACGAUGUUCAUUCCUUUGUCGUUAAUAAAGAUAAUAAUUUUAACAUAUCCGCUAAUAGUUCUGAAUCUGAAAAAUAUUUAGAUAUCCACAGUUCUUUGAUCGAUGUCAAUGAUUUCAUACUGAGUACGAUAACAACUCUAUCUAAACAUACAUCAAACACUUUAAACACUCUUAAUCGUCAAUUUCAAGAAAAUUUAAAAGCAUUUAACAAAUCUAAAAUACCUGCAAAAGUAAUAAAACCUACUAAGCUGAGCGAUUCAGAAUUAUGGGUGUUGGUAACGCCUACUGUAAUCUUAAAGAAGAGAGAAGUACCGAGAGCUGAAAUAGAGAAUGUUCCAGAUCUAAUCGAUAUACCUUUAGAAGAGGAUACAAGCAAUGGAACAAGUUUAUUUAAAAGGGAAAUACUAAAACCUGAACAACAACCACCAGUUCGUGUUCAUAUACAAAAUAUAACCGAGUCAUCAGAGACAGGCAGCGUGCAAAUAGUAUACGUAGUGCUAGUGGGAGGGCGCGCUGUGCCGGCCGCGGUGGCCGCGCGCGACAUGCGCCUCGUGAGAGACGCGGAGGUGGCCAGCGAGCUGGGAGCCGCCGUCACUACUAAAGCCGAGCCAGCGUACCUGAAGGCGGCGGAGGGGCUGGAGGGCGCGGCGGAGGGCGUGCACGGCGCGGAGCUGUGGGCGCUCGCUGUCGGCGCCUCCGUCGCGGUCCUCCUCUUGCUGGUGUUGCUCGCACUGCUGUGUUUCGCUCACAAACGGAAAUCGAAGAAAUCAGCAGCAUCAUUCCGAGCAUACCGCAACGAGCUGAUGAGAGAAGUAGAACGAAGUCAGAUGAAACAAGUUCAUGAAGAAAGGGAUGGAAAGCUUAUAAGUGUGGUGUCUCCGAGCAGAACACGGCCCAGUAGUACAUUAUUGCCGGUCUAUAGAGCUGGAAGUGCAUCAGGUUCAUCGACCACCUCAUCGGGAGUGUCGGAAGUAGCGGCCGCGCUGCGACGACGACAGAAGAAACCUCACGCACUCAAGAUGCCGCAUAAGAAGAGAGUGGGGACUACGGACAGCCUGCUGGUGUCCGCGGGCGUGGACAGCUCGGACAGCGCGCCCUCCGCGCCCAACACCGCGCCGCACACGCCCACAUCAUACCUCUCUAUGCCUUCUAUCGCUGCAUUCCCUAGGCGGCUCGGCAGCAUCGACAAAGACCCCGGCGUCAUCGGACCCCUGGUCUGGGACUUGCAUUGUCAGAGGAUCAAGAGCGCAUCAAAAUCAAAGAGUCCAGUGAGACAAGAGGGCCAGGGAGGCGCGUCCCGCAUGCGGCAGCGAUACAACGAGCUGGUGGACGACGCCUUCACUCUUUUCGGGAGCGCCUCCAGCGCCUCGCGGGACACGUACACGCUGGAUAGAGAUGAAUCAAGGGAACAGACUGAUAAGGGCGUGACACAAGCUUGCAACGACAACGUCCGGCUCGCCGCAGGGGACACGGCGCGGGGACGCUCCGCCGGCGCGGGACGGGGAGGUGUGGUUCACACGGGGCCAGGCGGGGGCGAAGCGCCGCGGCCGCGGACUUCCUUCACGCGGGUGGCGGAGCCCCGCGCGCCGCCCGCGCGCGCCUGGGGACACACCCCAACACAGGCCGCUGCUGAAGGUCGGCUACCGGCAGACGACCCCGCGCUGCCGCUCAUUUCCGCCAUCAAAGACGAAAUAAAACGUGUCAGAGACAACACUAGUAACAAAACAUAGAAAGUUUACAGAAGUAGGAAGAAGUAUACAGAACGUGGAAGACAUUUUAUACGGCAAUAGACUAAUGGAAUAAGAACUAACGAUGUAACGGUUGUGAGUU